AUGACAGUGGACAAGAGGCCUUGGCGCGAAAAUAAGCUGGUGGUUUGGUUUUGCAGAGGAGUGCAGUUUAUAGCUGCGCAGUGGUUGCUGAUUGGAUUUGCGGUGGCGUGUGUGCUGGGGCGUUUCUUUCCAUCUGUUGCAGAGCAUGGAGGCGUGAUUCGAUCAGAGUACAGCGUCUUGUAUGGCGCCGUGGCCAUUAUUUUCUUAAUCAACGGGCUGCAGCUUCCUCCCGAAAAGUUGAAGCAGAAUCUGACAAACUGGAGGCUGCAUGUGAUAAUUCAGGGGAGCAGCUUUGCGAUUAUCCCAGUGUUUAUGUUGAUUUUUAUACAUAUCUGUCUCGCUGCUGGUGCCCUAAAGCAUGGCACGCCUUCUAUUCCCAUCAUGCUCGGCAUGCUCGCCACCUCUUGUCUCCCCACCACGAUCGCUUCCAACGUCGUCAUGACGCGCUCGGCCGGAGGCGAUGAGGCCGCAGCUGUCAUCUCCGUCGUCAUAGGCAACACCGUUGGGGCGUUUCUGACACCAAUUCUGAUAUACGGCUUCAUACCGCGAGACUCUGUAUUUGAAAACUGGCGGCCUGCAGACCCGAGCACGCUGGGAGAUAUGUACGCCAACGUGGCGAAGCAGCUGGGCUUGAGCGUCUUGUUGCCCCUGACUGUGGGCCAGGCGGUGAGGUGGUGGAAAGGAGAUGUGGUGGCCAAGGUCUUGAGGGUUACGAUGCUGGGGAAGUUGCCGAGCGUUUGCCUGAUACUGCUCGUGUGGACGACGUUCUCAGGCGCAUUUGGCACUGGUGCUCUCUACAAGCUUUCGAAAGCAGAUGUUAUUUUCAACGUCUUCAUCAACAUAGGCCUCUACAUCAUCUUUACUCUCAUCUGCUUCUACCUCGCCCGUCCACCCUUGUUUCUUGCCAGAUACAUCAACCCGCGCGUCACCAACUCCCGUCUGCCGAAAAGCGCCCAGCGCAUAUUCGCUGUUAAAAAGAUGUCCAAGGAGCAGACCAUUGCAGUCUGCUUUUGCGGAGCGGCCAAGACGACGAGUCUGGGUAUUCCGCUGGUGACGGCAAUGUGGAGCCAGGCGGAUGACCUGACAAGGGCGUUUAUCACUAUUCCGGUGUUGCUGUAUACAAUUGAGCAGGUGUUUAUGGCGCAAAUUUUGGUCUACUUUUUUAAAUGGUACUUGCGACGCGAUGGGAAAUCAAGCGACGAUGAUGUAGAGGCUGGCGAUGAAGUUCGGUCCGUGUCGAGGCAAGAGGAGGGCCAUGAAAGCGAUGCUACGGCUCAUGAUGGUGAGGAUGUGGAAAGAGUGCCGGUAGAAAGAUUUGAAAAGAAUGAUGUAAAGAGUGGAUAG